UCCAAAAAAUAAAGCUAAGCAUGGCGUAAUCAAGGUUCAAGGACGCUUCGGCACUCUCACAAACAAAUCAACAAGCUGCUUUGCUUCCAAUCCCACAAUUCAAUUCAUAAUUCUUCUCUGUAUUGGGCCGCCUUGAAGUCUUAUAGUAUCAUUCAGACCACCAAUAAAAAAGGUCCAAAUGGGUGCUGCCCAUUCCUCUGCUACCUGUCUCUCUUCCCCUGCCACUACUAACAUCCCUCGUUGCUAUCUUUUCCAUCGCGUAUCAAAACCAAGCUCAAAUUCUUCUUCCAUUCCCACCAUUUAUCUUCAUCUUCAGAAACCCACUAGCAAUUUUAUUUCCCAAAACCAUUAUUCACUUAAAUCUCCCUGUUCAUCUUCAAAGAUCGUGCCUUUGAGUUGUGCAAGAGUAAGGUUGAUGGAGACCCAAGAAGGAAGUGCUUCAAAACCCGUAAUUGAUUUUCAUGGCAUCGAUGAAGAAUUGAUUCAAAAGAUGGCUUACGAUGCGCUUGUUUGGAGUUCUCUCCAUGGUCUUGUUGUUGGUGAUAAAAGUGUUCAGAGAUCAGGAAAAGUACCCGGUGUGGGGAUGGUACAUGCUCCAUUUGCCUUGCUGCCAGUGGCAUUCCCAGAAAAUCACUGGAAGUCAGCAUGUGAAGUUGCUCCUGUAUUCAACGAACUCAUUGAUCGUGUUAGUUUGGAUGGAAAUUUUCUGCAGGAUUCGUUAUCCAGAACAAAGAAAGUAGAUGUUUUUACAUCAAGACUUUUAGAUAUUCAUUCCAAGGUGCUAGAAAUGAACAAAACAGAGGAAAUACGAUUGGGUUUACAUCGCUCUGAUUACAUGCUUGAUGAACAAACUAAAUUACUCCUCCACAUAGAGAUAAAUACAAUUUCCUCUUCGUUUCCUGGCCUCAGUUGUCUUGUCAGUGACCUUCACAGGAGCUUGCUUAAGCGUUAUGGAGAACACCUUGGAUUAGAUUCCAAAAGAAUACCAAGCAACACUACUGUUAAUCGGUUUGCAGAUGCGCUGGCUAAAGCUUGGACUGAGUAUAAUAACCCUAGGGCUGCAGUUAUGGUUGUUGUUCAGCCUGAGGAGCACAACAUGUAUGACCAACAUUGGCUUUGUGCUGCAUUGAAGGAAAAACAUAAUGUAACAGCUAUUCGGAAAACAUUGGCAGAAAUUGAUAAAGAAGGGGAACUUCUACCAGAUGGAACACUCCUUGUAGGUGGACAAGCAAUUGCAGUGGUUUAUUUUAGAACUGGGUAUGCACCAACUGAUUAUCCUUCAGAAGCAGAAUGGAGAGCUAGGCUACUCAUGGAGCAGUCAUUAGCCAUCAAGUGUCCGUCCAUAUCUUAUCAUUUGGCAGGCACCAAGAAGAUUCAACAAGAGCUUGCAAAGCCUAAUGUGCUUGAGAGAUUUCUCGAGAAUAAGGAGGAUAUCACCAAGUUGCAAAAAUGCUUUGCUGGCUUGUGGAGUUUGGAUGACUCAGAUAUUGUCAAAAGAGCCAUUGAGAGACCUGAAUUGUUUGUGAUGAAGCCACAAAGAGAAGGCGGAGGGAACAAUAUCUAUGGGGAUGAUGUGAAGGAAAACCUUCUAAGGUUGCAGAGGGAAGGAAAUGAAGAAGAUGCUGCUUACAUCCUUAUGCAACGAAUAUUUCCAAUUGUUUCCCCGAUGUUUUUGGUGCGUAAUGGCAUUUGUCAUAAAGAUCAUGCAGUAUCAGAACUUGGAGUAUACAGUGCUUACUUGAGGAACAAGGAUAAAGUUAUUAUAAAUGACCAAUGUGGAUACCUUAUGCGAACAAAGGUGUCAUCAUCAAAUGAAGGUGGAGUUGCAGCUGGAUUUGCAGUCUUAGAUAGCAUGUACUUGACUUGAUGGAGCAAAUGCUUCAUAAUUGACUCACACAGAGGUUACAGUUCAUCAACAACCAAAUUUGAUAUAACGGGUUUUCCCUUGCAGUUCUCGGAGGAGGGAUUGACAUGGAGGACUUCCCUUUUGUUUUUAUUGUUUCAUUGGCAAUGCAAUGUAAUUUUGAUGAUUUUCCAGUAUUGUUGCGUUUCAUGGAUGUCUUGUGUGACUAUAUUGCCAAAUAAAAUUUGAAUAACUUCCUCUAAUUCA